AUGUCGCUCUACCAUGAAGCGGCGGAGCUCAUCGAUACUCUCACAAAACACGGAGGCUCCAUAAAAUCGCUCGUGUUCGGCAAGAAGAGUGUGAAGAGUGACCUAAAAACGCUCUACGCGUUGACCAUAGAAGCAGCGAAAUGGAGCGAGAUCCUUUCGGAAGUCAUAGAGAACAGCUGUAUAUUGACGACAGAUAAGAAGCUCACCCCAACUCUCGCCCUACUACUAACCCACGACCUCCUGCUCUCCCGGAAAGGCAUUGCCUUACCCGCCACCCAUGGCCUACACACAGCAAUUGCUCGACACAAGGCCCGCUUGUCGUCUGAGCUCACCAAGUUGAGGAUCCGACGAGGCUGUCCCACGCUCGAAGCUCUCCGUACAUUGGUCAACCAGGGCGGUGUCACCUCCAAGGCGCAUCCACGCUGGGUGCGCAUUAAUACCCUACGGACAGACCUCGACUCACAGCUAGCCACCACCCUUGCCGAAUACACACGCACCGAGGACCUCGCCGCGGUCGCCAAACCCGGCUGCCAUGAGAAGAUCUACUACAUCGACGAGCACGUUCCCAAUCUGAUAGCUUUGCCCUCUGCCAUCGACCUAGCCAAAUCACUCUCCUACAAGAAAGGCAUGCUCAUCAUGCAAGACAAGGCCUCCUGCUUCCCAGCCUACCUACUCGAUCCAGCGCAGAUCGAUGGAGAUAUCAUCGACGCUUGUGCCGCGCCUGGGAACAAAACCACACACUUGGCUGCUCUUCUCGCCGGGUCCUCUCCCGUCUCGAACAUAUCCAAAUCCAAGAUAUUUGCGUGCGAACGAGACAGUGCCCGCUCUCUUACGCUGAAGAAGAUGGUCACACUCGCUGGCGCAGAGCAGGUCGUCAAAAUCCGAGCUAAUCAGGACUUCUUGCGGCUAAACCCCCGGGCGACGGAGUUCGCGAACGUGACGGGUUUGCUGCUGGAUCCAAGUUGCUCUGGUAGCGGUAUUGUUGGCCGGGACGAAGCAAGUGUCACUAUUCACCUGCCUAAUGCCACAAAAGCCAACGAUACAGCGCAACGAGGCAAGAAACGCAAGCAUUCAAGUUCUGAGCCUCCACCAAAGGUCAAAUUCGAGCCAGACGCACCACUAGAGGACUCGAAUGCCGAAGAGUCUGUACCAGAACUAGAGCAGGACGUGCAGAAACUCCAAACCCGCCUCAAGUCGCUGUCAGAUUUCCAACUCCGCAUCAUCGAGCAUGCCAUGUCCUUUCCUGUUGCGUGGCGGAUCACUUACUCGACGUGUUCGGUAUACGACGAAGAAAACGAGCAUGUAGUGGUGAGAGCAUUGAUGUCCGACGUCGCUAUUGAACGGGGCUGGCGAGUCAUGAGACGGGAGGAGCAGGUCGAUGGGCUCAAGAAGUGGCACAUCAGAGGCAGACCGGAGGCUGUAGAACAUGCUCUCGAAGGCGCAGACGUCGAAUUAGGGGCAGAUGAGGUCGCAGAAGCGUGCAUGCGGUGUAUCAAAGGUGGAGAUGAAGGGACGAUGGGCUUCUUCGUGGCUGGGUUUGUAAGAGUCGGGAAUUCUCUCGGUGAAUCAGACGGCUUCGUAAAAGGCCAACGGGAUCAGAAUGGCACGAAUGGAGCCUUGGAUCACAGAGAAGAAGAGACGGACGACGAGUGGCACGGCUUUAGUGACGAAGACUGA